CUGCUGCCACACUUCCACUUUUACAAGGAGCAACACCACCCUGCACCACCACUUACAAGGAGCCACACCACCCUGCACAUCCACCACCACUUUUACAAGGAGCAACACCAACCUGCACCACCACUCUUACAAGGAACCACACCACCCUGCACAUCCACCACCACUUACAAGGAGCGAGGAGGAACCCCAGCACCCUGCACCACCUACACCUAGGGAGACAUGCUGAGAGUGCGCUGCCUGAGAGGAGGGAGUCGCGGGGCCGAAGCAGCUCACCUGAUCGGAACCACGGUGGGCCGCGCAGCGAGCGCCUGGCUGCAGAGAACCUUCCAGAGCACCUCCAGUGCUGCAGCUGCUCAAACACAGACACAGGCGGCACUUGACCACCACCAACAUCACCUGACUGAACCUGCACUGCACACCUGUCCUGUCUGCAGCCACAACGAGUGGGACCCCCUGGAGGAGGUCAUUGUGGGACGGGCCGACAACGCCCGGGUGCCGCCCUUCACUGUGGAAGUCAAGGCCAACACCUACGAGAAGUACUGGUCCUUCUACCAGAAGUUUGGGGGCCAACCUUUUCCUGCGGACCACUUAAAGAAAGCUGUUGCUGAGAUCGAAGAAAUGUGCAAUAUUCUGCGUCAUGAGGGCGUCACUGUGAGGAGACCAGAACCCAUAGACUGGGCUCUGGAAUACAAGACUCCAGACUUCCAGUCUUCAGGCAUGUAUGCCGCCAUGCCCCGAGACAUCCUGAUGGUGGUGGGGAACGAGAUCAUCGAGGCUCCAAUGGCGUGGAGAGCUCGCUUCUUUGAGUACCGAGCAUACCGGCCUCUGAUCAAGGAGUAUUUCAAGAAAGGUGCCAAGUGGACCACGGCUCCGAAACCCACCAUGGCCGACGAGCUGUACGAUCAGGACUACCCCAUCCGCACGGUGGAGGACCGACACAAGCUGGCCGCUCAGGGCAAGUUUGUGACCACGGAGCACGAACCCUGCUUCGAUGCUGCUGACUUCAUCCGGGCUGGCAGGGACCUCUUCGUGCAGAGAAGUCAGGUGACGAACUUCAUGGGCAUCGAGUGGAUGCGUCGCCACUUGUCUCCAGACUACAAGAUCCACAUCAUCUCCUUCAAAGACCCCAACCCCAUGCACAUCGACGCCACCUUCAACAUCAUCGGACCAGGAUUGGUCCUGUCCAACCCGGACCGCCCGUGUCGCCAGGUGGACAUGUUCAAGAAGGCAGGCUGGACUAUUGUCAAACCUCCGACUCCUCUGAUUCCUGACGAUCACCCUCUCUGGAUGUCCUCCAAGUGGCUGUCCAUGAAUGUUCUGAUGCUGGACGAGAAGCGCGUCAUGGUGGACGCCAACGAGGCCAGCAUUCAGAAGAUGUUUGAGGACUUGGGUAUCAAGACCGUCAAGGUGAACAUUCGCCACGCCAACUCGUUGGGUGGCGGUUUCCACUGCUGGACGACCGACGUGCGCCGGCGUGGAGAACUGCAGUCCUACUUCCACUAGCCUGGCCAGAAACAGUUUUUAUUGAGCUUGAAAGGAUGAUUGGUGUCACUUCUUACCCGCAGUGAUUACCAGGCUCCUUUCCCAAAACCCAGCUAGGAGUUAUUUGGCGCCACAGGAUGAGUUGUUUAUGAGACGCAUUGUUUUGGUUUUACAGCUUUGUGGGGACGCGACUUGAUUGGGUACACCUUGUCCACAUGUCCUCUCACGCUUUGCCCCGCCCACUCUCACUGCUCUAACGCAUAUUUACAAAGUAAUGUCCAACUUUUAUCCUUAGAGCACAGGUGGUGUACCCGAUCAAGUGUGCCCCGGGUGUGCUGGCUUCUUGGCAACAAACCAACAUGACGACUCCUUCCCUGCGAUCAAUGACCUCAACAUUAACUUCCCUGCGAUCAAUAAUCUCAACAUUAACUUCUUUGCGAUCAAUAAACUUAAGAGUAACUUCCCUGUGAUCAAUAACCUCAAUAUGAACUGCAUUUCUGGCCUGGCUACUAGAAGGUGGUCUAACUUGGGCACAAUCAAAGAUUGUUUUCUACGUAGACAGUCCAUAUCAAAGAGUGUUUUCUAUAUUGACAGUCCAUAUCAAAGAUUGUUUUUUUUUUUACGUUGGCAGUCCAUAUCAAAGAUUGUUUUCUAUAUUGACAGUCCAUAUCAAAGAUUGUUUUUUUUUUACGUUCGCAGUCCAUAUCAAAGAUUGUUUUCUACAUUGAGAGUCUAUAUCAAAGAUUGUUUUCUACAUUGACAGUUCAUAUCAAAGAUUGUUUUCGACAUUGACAGUCCAGAUCAAAGAUUGUUUCCUACAUUGAGAGUCCAUAUCAAAGAUUGUUUUCUACAUUGACAGUCCAUAUCAAAGAUUGUUUUCGACAUUGACAGUCCAGAUCAAAGAUUGUUUCCUACAUUGAGAGUCCAUAUCAAAGAUUGUUUUCUACAUUGACAGUCCAUAUCAAAGAUUGUUUUUUUUAACGUUGACAGUCCAUAUCAAAAAUUGUUUUCUACUUUGAGAGUCCAUAUCAAAGAUUGCUUUCUACGUUGACAGUCCAUAUCAAAGAUUGUUUUCUACAUUGGGAGUCCAUAUCAAAGAUUGUUUUCUACAUCGAGAAUCCAUAUCAAAGAAUGUUUUCUACGUUGACAGUCCAUUUCAAAGAUUGUUUUCUACAUUGGGAGUCCAUAUCAAAGAUUGUUUUCUACAUCGAGAAUCCAUAUCAAAGAUUGUUUUCUACUUUGACAGUCCAUAUUAGAGAUUGCUUUCUACGUUGACAGUCCAUAUCAGAGAUUGUUUUCUACGUUGACAGUCCAUAUCAAAGAUUGUUUUCGACAUUGAGAGUCCAUUUCAAAGAUUAUUUUCUACAUCGAGAAUCCAUAUCAAAGAUUGUUUUCGACAUUGAGAGUCCAUAUCAAAGAUUGUUUUCUACAUCGAGAAUCCAUAUCAAAGAUUGUUUUCGACAUCGAGAGUCCAUAUCAAAGAUUGUUUUCUACAUCGAGAAUCCAUAUCAAAGAUUGUUUUCUACAUCGAGAAUCCAUAUCAGAGAUUGCUUUCUACGUUGAAACAGUCCAUAUCAAAGAUUGUUUUCUACUUUGACAGUCCAUAUCAGAGAUUCCUUUCUACGUUGACAGUCCAUAUCAAAGAUUGUUUUCUACAUUGACAGUCCAUAUCAAAUAGUUUUCCAUAUUGACAGUCCACAUCAAAGAUUGUUUUUUUAACGUUGACAGUUUAUAUCAAAGAUUGUUUUCUACUUUGACAGUCCAUAUCAAAGAUUGUUUUCUACUUUGACAGUCCAUAUCAAAGAUUGUUUUAUACUUUGACAGUCCAUAUCAAAGAUUGUUUUCUACAUUGAGAGUCCAUAUCAAAGAUUGUUUUCUACAAAGACAGUCCAUAUCAAAGAUUGUUUUCUACAAAGACAGUCCAUAUCAAAUAUUAUUUUUUACGUUGACAGUCCAUAUCAACGAUUGUUUUCUACAUUGAGAGUCCAUAUCAAAGAUUGUUUUCUACAAAGACAGUCCAUAUCAAAGAUUGUUUUCUACAUAGACAGUCCAUAUCAAAUAUUGUUUUUUACGUUGACAGUCCAUAUCAAAGAUUGUUUUUUCCUGUUACACUACUGGGCCACUUCUAUUUUCACCCAUGCGCUUGGCAGUCAAUAAAAGUUGAAUAAUAGUUGAUUAAUAAUUGAAUAAUGGUUGAAUAAUGGUUGUGUGAUGUCAGGCUGGCACUACAGUAGUCAGAAGUGUGUUGUGAUGUUUUGUAUCAUUCAACCUUGAAUAAAUGUCCUAAAGAACA